CCCGUGCCCCCAGGCCCCGCCGCCGCCGCCCUGCUCCAGGCUCUCGGGCUGCCCGACGCUCCCCGAGACGCCCCCACGUCCCGGCCCGUACCUCCAGUCAUGUGGCGUUUGUUCCGCCGCCGGGACCACCAGGAGGCCAGGGCGGGCCCGCGGAGGACGCCUCCGGGGGCCAACCUACGACCAUGCCACGUGGAGGGGCUUGGGGUCCCUGGAAACAUCGUGCGCCACGUCCCGGACCGCGGCGCAGCCGCCCGGCCCCCAGAGCCCGCUUCGGCUGCUGGGCAGUGCCCCGAAUGGACCGUCGUCUUCGAUCUAUCGGCCGUGGAACCAGCCGAGCGCCCGAGCCAGGCGCGCCUGGAACUGCGCUUCGCGGCCGCGGAGGCGACGGCGGGAGGCUGGGAACUGAGCGUGGCGCCGGCAGUCCCUGCUGUGCAGGUUUGGCGUCUCAACUUUGCCAUCAAGGUGGCCCCAGAUCCCCUGCCCCCAACCAGCCAGACCCCUAGACCAAGUGCUCUGCAGUUCCCCUGUAGUUAUCCAGACCCGGUGUGA